AGAUACAAAUUUGGCUUUUCAUCAGAGCAUUCCCAGAGUCUAAUUGGAAUAUUUCUGCACACCUUGAGGAUUUCAAAUGGCAUGUGUGCUGCUCAAAGACAUGUCCAGGUACAGGAAGGCCCAUUGAUCAGAGCUGAAGGAUACCAUGUAACCAUUUGGUGUAAUGUAUCCGGAUAUGCGGGUUCCACGCAGCAGAACUUUGAGUGGUCCAUCUAUCUGCCUUCUGCACCUGAAAGGCAAAUCCAGAUAGUCAGCACGAAUGAUCCUGGCUACCCCUACGCUGUGUAUGCAGAGAGAGUCCAGAAUAAUGAGGUCUAUGUUGAGAGAAUUGAUGGAGAUUCAGCACUGUUACACAUUACCAACCUACAACUACGAGAUACAGGGGAAUAUGAAUGUCACACUCCUAAUACAGAAGCAACCUACUGGGGAUCCUACAAUGCUAAGGGGAAUCUGACAGUUAUUCCAGACACACUCAGUGCAACAUCGGUACCCCAGACCCUAGAUAAAGUUGAAGGUGACUCCCUGGAACUGGUCUGUGAAGUAUCUAAACAAACAGCACAGCACACACAUGUGGCUGUCACAUGGUACAUACAGAAGGGAAAUCAGAACCUCAAGGUCAUCUCUCUCACACGAGAUUUCAUCCUACGUUCUGGAGAUUCAUACAAACAAAGGCAGGCAUCAGGAGAUGUACGAUUGGAUAAGAUUGGAGCGACUUCAUUCAAACUCACCAUCUAUAAACUGCAGGCAUUUGAUCAAGGAGAGUUCUACUGUGAGGCUAGAGAAUGGAUCCAAGAUCCAGAUCGGUCUUGGUUCACCAUAGCUACCAAGCGCACUGACAAAACAAUUGUGAAUAUAAAAGCUACUGAUAAGAACUUCAAUGUUCAGUUAGAGAAUGAAAGGAGAAUUCUCACAGCUGGAGACACUAUGGAAAUAAGGUGUAUCAUUGAAGCUCAAAAUAUACAGGAUCGAUAUUUCUCAGUGUUGUGGAUUUUUAAUGGCACACAGAUUGCCAACAUUGGUCGAAAUGCUGUAGCGACAGUCAAUGGUGAAUAUGCAAACAGAGAUCGUCUGGGAUACGUAAGGUUCACGAAGGAGACAGAUACAACACACCUGCUGAAAAUCUACCAUGUUCAAUUGACGGACAGUGGCAAAUACCAUUGCAGGGCUACUGAGCAUGAGAAAACGGUGACGAGAGAAUUCAUUACCAGAGAUACCAACAAAUCUCCAAAGGUUUUGAUCCAUGUCCAGUCAAUCAAAAGUAGCCUGAGUAUAACAGUUACCAGUGAUACCACUAAGAUUUUGGAGGGUAACUCACUCCAGUUCACUUGUGAUGUUCAGUCAGCAAUCAGGAACCACAGUCGUCUUUCUGUCACCUGGCAGUUGAUCAACAAACAGAAACAGGUUACUGAUAUCAUCAGCUUGGACCAGGAUGGUACUCAGAUUAUUGCUACACCCUACCAUAAGCGUGAUGCUAAUGGAGAACUCAGGCUGACCAAACAGCGACCAGAUUCUUUCAUCUUGCAGCUACAUAAUUCAGUGAUAUUGGAUGAUGGAGAGUAUGUUUGUACAGUCACUGAAUGGAUCAUGAAUGCGAGUGGGGAUUGGCAGCAGAUAGGAAAGCAAUCUGCUCAUAUUGUAGCUGUGAUAACACCUCUUGAAACAGGUUUCAGUGUUACAGCAAUAACACGAACACCAUCAGUGAUUUAUGAUAACACAUUUCAGCUUCAGUGCUUCAUCAGACCAACCUAUCCUUCUCGAGUCUCAGUUUCUGUCACGUGGAAAUUCCAGCCUGCUGGAUCAAGCAACAGCUAUGACAUUAUCACAUUUGCCCAUGACACAUCCAUUUCAUGGGGGGAGAAGGCGACAAAUUUUACAAAUAAAGUAAUGAUAACAAAGGCAGUGUCCAACACUAUCCGUCUGGUGGUCAAUAAAGCCAGUGACUUAGAGGCUGGGAAAUACCAGUGCAUUGCUGAACUGUGGCAUCAAAACCAGAUGGACCAAUGGGUGAGGAAAAUCAGCAAAUCUUCCAAUAUUCUGGAGGUCAAGGUUAAACCCCCUGAUUGUACUUUAAGCGUCAAUCAAGUAAAAAGAAACAUUGUCGUGAAAGAAAAUGACAAUAUUCAUUUAAACUGCCACAUCACAAAUCAAACAAGACCAGACUCUCAAUUCUCUGUGCAAUGGCAUGUUCAAAAAUCACUGGAGAAAGUGGACAAGCUGAUCCUGAAAUCAAACCGUGAUUCUGUGGUCGAGUACAAGGACUGGUUAGGAAGAGACAAGAAGAAGGAGAGACUGCAGGUUGCAAAACCUUUUGCUGGACAUUAUACCUUGGUCUUACUAAAAGCUGACAUUAGUGAUAGUGGGAAAUACUAUUGUCAUGUGGAGGAAUGGCUACUAAGCCCCAACAACAUCUGGUACAAAAUUGGGGAGGACACAUCUGGACUGACCACUGUCACUGUCCAACGCCCAGAAAGCAACUUGCAAACUGAAAAAAUUGAGAAAAGUAUUACUGUGCCGGAGGACAGCCAAAUUCAACUAGAAUGCAAGAUCAGCAAUCGUACCAACCUGGAUUCCCAACUAUCUGUGACAUGGUAUUCCCAGAAAAUAGAGGAGCAAGAACCAUACACCAUUCUCCACCUGAAUCGGAAUUCUGUUUUUGAAUAUGGCAGCUCCAUCAAUAACAGUGCAAGUCUGAGGGAUAGGUUACAAUUUGAAAAAGCUACCAAUGGUCUAUAUAGUGUGAUACUGCAGAAAGCAACUACAUCUGACACUGGCAGUUACUACUGUUACGUGGAGGAGUGGCUGCUUGAUCCCAAUGAUAUAUGGUAUAAACUGGGAGAAGAUCAGUCUGGACUGACUAUUGUGACUGUACAACAACCAGAAUUUAAAAUGCAAGUGGAUAAAACUGAAUUGAAUAUUAGCGUACCGGAGAAGGACCUGUUUCAGCUCACCUGUAAUGUAACCCAACAAACACAAGAUAAUUCUCAGUUUGCUGUAACCUGGUUCGUGUGGAAAGUCAAACAAGGUGCUGACCAAAUCGUGAGGGAGACCAUUUUAAAAGUUGAUCACAAUUCAGUGUUUGGGUUCGAUGUUUCACUGGAUGGAGUUGAGGGAAUGAAGGACAGGCUGCAAUUAGAGAGACCUUCCAAUGGAUUGUACAGCUUGACUGUGCAGGACUCUGCAAGCAGUGAUACGGGCAAUUACUCAUGUCACGUGGAGGAGUGGAUUCAAACUGCCAACAAUAUCUGGUAUAAACUGGGAGAGGAUGAGUCUGGGCUGGUCAUGGUCACCGUGCAGGACAGAGGUUCUUCUCUUCAGGAAGCGAUUUGUUCAAAUGAUGCCCUUUUCUACUUCAUAUUUUUCUACCCUUUUCCAAUUUUUGGAGUCCUGCUUAUUGCCAUUUUAUUAACACGCUAUAAAACCCUAAACUCCCAGAAAAAGUCUGAUGGCAAAAAUGGUGUCCCACUGCUCUGGAUUAAAGAACCCGCUGUGACUUAUUCUCCAACAAGCCUUGAGCCGCCAGAUUUCAGAAUAGGACCAGGAAGCCUCGGUUAACAAAGGAACAGGGAAAUGGCUUUUGGAAAAAAAAUUAAAUGAUAUUCCAACUGAUGGGGUCAAAGUUAUAAUGAAUUAAGGAUCAAUAAUUACCCUCCCAAAAAAUCCAAGUUUGGAAGCAAUAUCUUCCAUAUAAAGAAAGUACAUUCUGAGAGUCAUGGCAGUGAGAUAGGAGGGAAAGUGGGUACUUUUAUUCCAAGAUAUUUGCCGCAAUUGGUCUCCUCCCCAUUACCCCCAAUACAAUUAGUUGAUAUAUUUGGAAUGUUUAACUUUACACUAAUGUAGAUGUGUAGUCUUCUGCCAACUGUUUUUACUGCAUGAGAGCUCUGCUUGUCACACUAGUCUGCCAUGUGUAAUAAGUCUGAUCUCAUUAAAAUGUCAGAUGAUCUCCUGAAUGUUAAAACUAUUGUCAAUUCUGAAGAAUACAGAACUAUAGCAAAUGCAGACCUGUGGAGAGAAAUAUUGAGUUGUAAUGAUGUAAGAUUUAAGACUUUUUAAUGCUUCAUUACACUUAACUGCUCCAAUGUUUAGUUACAAUGUCUGAGAAGAGUCAACACCAAGCUGGAAACAUCAUAGCUGGAGGGAUCGACAUAACAUCCAGACCUUCUAUUCAAUUAUUGCACUGUUCAGAACAUUUGAACAACGGAAUGAAAGACGAGUGGCAAGUUCAUAGAAGCUGUGGCACUAAAGACUUAAAAGAUGUUGUCAGUUUUUGUCAAGUGUGAAAUGACUAGAACUUGUGCAAUGGAAAAGCAAGGAAUGACACCCUGCAUAGACUGUCAUCAAUGCUAUGACUGCAUUACGACAGGAUUACAUGAAGACAAUAUUACUGAAUACAGGAUAUGGACAAUGAAAUUCCGUCCCUUCUUGGUAAAUAUAGAUAAAGCUCAAGCCGACUAUUAGCAAGUACAGCCAAUGUUUCUCAUUUAUGAAUUUUUGAUACAGAAAUCUGAUCAAGCUGCAACUGAGUAGAAUGGAAAGUAGUCAUGC